AUGUCAGAGGAAAUACUCCGUCGACUGCAUCCUUUUAUGGAGCUCCUGCAAAUCAAAAUAAGCGAACUGCAAUUAUCUAAACAGCAGAAUAAUCAAAAGGAGGACAACACUAAUGUACUAAAAAGGCUGAUGGAGUCCUCUGAAAAACAAUUGUUUGCUUUGUUGUUUAAGAGGAACGAACAGCUGGAUCAUUCAACCAGAGUUAAGUGUUGGGGAAGUGGAGGUUGGGAUGAAGUUUUCGAGGGAGAAUAUUAUGGGGCCAAGGUGGCGGUCAAACAGCUCACUUCCCCUGCAAUAGAGGACUACCCUUUGUUUAAACGUGAGAUGAUGAUAGCAUCCCACUGCCACCAUCCUAACGUUCUACGCCUCAUUGGUGCAACUUAUCACGACAACUGUCUCCAGCUGGUAACAGAGUUGAUGGAGUGUAGUCUGCAUGUUCUUACAGAACACCAGGGGAAAGUACCAGAACCACACAUCUGGUUUCUGAUUAGAGACAUUGUCAGUGGUCUCAGUUACAUUCACGAGAAAAUCCCUCCCUUAGUACAUCGCGAUAUCAAGACCGACAACAUACUUAUGAAGAGGAAGGAUAACUUUUGGGAGGCAAAGAUUGCUGACUUUGGAAUAGCAAAUUAUUGCAGGGAAUUCAUGACUCCAAAUAGACGCACUCCAAUCUAUGCUGCUCCUGAGUCAAGGACAUCCAAUCAGCAGUCACCACAGGUGGAUGAUGUUUACAGUUUUGGACUAGUUGUACUAGAAAUGGCCACAGGUGAGCGGCCAAAACGCGACAGAUCUGAUGUAGUGCUACAGCUACAGAGUGUGUCCAGCCCUCGACUAAUACAACUCAUACAUGCCUGCAUUGAAAUGGAUCCAGAGAAGCGACCCACCAUGAGAGAUAUUGUUGAUUUUUAUAAGCUGAAUCACUCUAAUCCAUAA